AUGGAUCAUCUGAACGAGGUAACUCAGGGGAAAGACCAUUCAGAAAUGUCUAACAAUGUGAGCGAUCCGAAGGGCCCACCAGCCAAGAUUGCCCGCCUGGAGCAGAACGGGAGCCCGCUUGGAAGAGGAAGGCUGGGUAGCACCGGGGCGAAGAUGCAGGGGGUGCCUUUAAAGCACUCGGGCCAUCUGAUGAAAACCAAUCUUAGGAAAGGCACGAUGCUCCCAGUCUUCUGCGUGGUGGAACAUUACGAAAAUGCCAUUGAGUAUGAUUGCAAGGAGGAACACGCGGAGUUCGUGCUGGUGAGGAAAGAUAUGCUUUUCAACCAGCUGAUAGAAAUGGCGUUGCUGUCUCUGGGUUACUCGCACAGCUCUGCUGCUCAGGCCAAAGGGCUAAUCCAGGUUGGCAAGUGGAAUCCAGUUCCGCUGUCUUACGUGACAGACGCACCUGACGCAACCGUGGCGGACAUGCUCCAAGAUGUGUACCACGUGGUCACGUUGAAAAUUCAGCUGCACAGUUGCCCCAAACUAGAAGACUUGCCUCCCGAGCAGUGGUCGCACACCACGGUGAGGAACGCGCUCAAGGACUUGCUGAAAGAUAUGAAUCAGAGUUCACUGGCCAAGGAGUGCCCCCUCUCACAGAGCAUGAUUUCUUCCAUUGUGAACAGCACUUACUAUGCCAAUGUCUCAGCAGCAAAAUGUCAAGAAUUUGGAAGGUGGUACAAACAUUUCAAGAAGACAAAAGAUAUGAUGGUUGAAAUGGAUAGCCUCUCUGAGCUGUCCCAACAAGGCUCCAACCACGUCAACUUUGGCCAGCAGCCCGUCCCAGGAAACACAAGCGAGCAGCCUCCGUCCCCCGCGCAGCUCUCCCACGGCAGCCAGCCCGCUGUCCGGACCCCUCUUCCGAACCUGCACCCUGGGCUCGUGUCCACACCCAUCAGCCCUCAGUUGGUCAACCAGCAGUUGGUGAUGGCUCAGCUGCUGAACCAGCAGUACGCAGUGAACAGACUUUUAGCCCAGCAGUCCUUAAACCAGCAGUACUUGAACCACCCUCCCCCCGUGAGCAGGUCUAUGAACAAGCCUUUGGAGCAGCAGGUUUCCACCAACACAGAGGUGUCUUCUGAAAUCUACCAGUGGGUACGCGACGAACUGAAACGCGCAGGCAUCUCCCAGGCAGUGUUUGCACGCGUGGCUUUCAACAGAACUCAGGGCUUGCUUUCCGAAAUCCUCCGGAAGGAAGAAGACCCCAAGACAGCAUCGCAGUCUCUGCUGGUCAACCUCCGGGCCAUGCAGAACUUCCUGCAGUUACCAGAAGCGGAGAGAGACCGGAUUUACCAGGAUGAGAGAGAAAGGAGUCUCAACGCCGCCUCGGCCAUGGGUCCUGCCCCCUUGAUCAGCACACCGCCCAGCCGCCCCCCACAAGUGAAAACAGCGACGCUUGCCACAGAAAGGAAUGGGAAACCAGAGAACAAUACUAUGAACAUUAAUGCUUCCAUUUAUGACGAGAUUCAGCAGGAAAUGAAGCGUGCGAAAGUAUCCCAAGCACUGUUUGCUAAGGUUGCCGCGACCAAAAGCCAGGGAUGGUUGUGUGAGCUGUUGCGCUGGAAGGAGGACCCUUCUCCCGAGAACAGGACCCUCUGGGAGAACCUGUCUAUGAUCCGGAGGUUCCUCAGCCUUCCCCAGCCAGAGCGGGAUGCCAUCUAUGAGCAGGAGAGCAAUGCGGUCCAUCACCAUGGCGACAGGCCGCCCCACAUCAUCCACGUGCCCACGGAGCAGAUGCAGAGCCCCUCUCCCACCACCCUUGGGAAAGGAGAGUCUAGAGGUGGUUUCUUACCUGGCCUGCCGACCCCUGCACCAUGGCUGGGUGCUGCUCCUCAGGUGAGCCAGCACCUCAGGGAGACCGGGGGUGGCAUCACGACCUGCUCUGCUCGUUUGACCAGGAUUUCCAGAGGGCGUGCUGACCACGGCUGA